GUCUAAAGCCAUCCAUCCUCCUCCAACAACAUUACUACUAUUAUUUUGAAUUCUUUUUUCCAUGACAGUCUAAAUACAACCAAGUUUAGUUCAAUAUAUGUUGACUUGAAAAUCAGCCUUUUUCUGAAAAUUCCCAAUUUUUUUACAGAUUGGAAAACAGGAGCUCCAAAAUGUGUGAUGGUAAGGAAGCAGAGUUCUCACUGAAAGUGAUGAUCAAUAAAGAGAAAACCAAGGUCCUCUUUGCACAAGUUGACAGCCAUUUUGCAGACAUUUUGUUAAGCUUCUUGACUUUGCCGUUGGGACGAAUUAUCAAAGUACUCAACAAACACUAUGGAGACGAUGAGGCGCCUACUGUCGGAAGCUUAAGCAGUUUGUAUCAUAGCUUAGUAAAUCUUGAUAGCUCCCAUUUCUGGACAGAGGGUGCUAAGCAGACUCUGCUCAAUCCCAGAAGCUCCGUUGAAGAUGAAUACAAAAGGCUAAACCUCGACAUCGCUGAUUUUCAACCUCCUAAAACAUUAUAUUGUACACAACACACUAGGCUUAGUAAAAUUCAUAGUGUGAGUGUGUACUAUGAUAGUAUUAACAGGUACCAUACUUGUGGAUGUGGUCAUACGAGGAUAGGAGAAGAAGUUAAAGAGAAAAAAGGAUGUGAAGCUGCUUCCGAAGAUGGAGUUUUCACCGUGAAUACAGCAUCUUUCGUAAUCUCUGAUGAUCUCCGCAUAUUUCCAGUUGAGACAGGACUCUUAGGAAUCAUCCUCAAUCUUGGCAUUGCAGGCGCGGAUAAAGCUGAGGCAAUCAACGUGACUUUCGGGUUCAGUGAGAUUAUGAGUUUGUUAAAGGCAUCAUUGAUCUCCCAAACUCCAUUGUCGGACCUCAUACUGAAUAAACCAAGACAUGCAAACUCAGUAAUCGUGGGCUUUGAACCCGAGGCUUCAAUUAACCAUCUCGAGGAUGAUCAGAGUCCCGAUUCCAAGAAGAUGAUUCUGAAAGUCGUGAUGCAAAAGUCUACCGGUACGUUAUUGUAUGCACAAGCUAACGAUGAUUUUGUGGAAUUCCUAUUUAGUUUCCUCAAUAUCCCACUAGGAGGAGUUGAGCGUCUUCUUGGCGGUAAGACUUGUGCUAAGGCUAUAAACAACUUGUAUUCGAGCAUACCUGACCUUAUAGACGACAAGUAUUUCAGUACCUCAGAUAUGAAAGAUAGGCUAAUGAAACCGAAUGUGGUCCAUGGUUGUAUUUCUGACAACCACAUGUUUCCCCUCACUGAAGAAUGCUUGCCUGAUACCUAUAGUGGAACCACAUGGUUUUCCGCUAAGUUUCCUAAUGGCCAGGGUAGUUAUCUUAAAGGCCCGCGAACUUAUCAUGUGACGGAUGAUCUGAUUGUGACACCUCUUUGUGUUGUCUCGGUCCUUUCAAGUCUCAAUAAGCAGAAUAUCGUAAUAUAUGAUGAUGUCAAAGAAGUGGAGCUGCAGAUUGGCCCAAAAGAGGGUUUGAGCAUACUGAAAGCCUCUCUUACGUCCACUUCUGCUCUCUCCGAUGCUUUGCUCAAUAACAUAUCGAUCAAACAACCAAAGCGAGAAUUCUGAGUUUGAUCCCACAUUUCAAUUGUUUUAAUGCCUCUUGCAUUAAGUUGUUUUUGCAAUCUGCAGCCAUACUCUAAUGUUGCUCUAGCGCUUGGCGUUUAGCAUUUUAGUCCUGUUAUCGACAUCUAAACUGUUUAAUUUAUGAUAUGUCUUAGCCA